GUGCCAAAGCAGCCUCUGCUUCCAGAUUUCUCAGGCUGGAGGGACAGAGGACUAGUCUACGGCUGCAGGGCAAGGAGCCAGAGUUGGACCUUCCUCCAGAUCCCACCUUCCUCCUCCUCGCCUGCCGGGGACAGAGCCAGCCCGUCGGUGCAGAGGCUGCCCUUGCUGCACCGGGGGUUCGGGUCAAAGGGACAAAGUCCUCGGAUCCACUGGGAUGUGUUUCUGGCUGGACCCGGCCAUUGCCGGUGCCUGUGCCCAGCUGGGGGGGCAAACCCUUGGGGACCCCCAAAGUCAUUUGGGAGCUGCCUCACCUCUUCUCCACCCUGUCUCCUGGGGCACCCGCACCCCAUCUCCUGGGCAUGCGAAGUCUGCUGGGACCUGGCUGCCGGUGGCUGUCCCUGCUGGGCCACUCAGCACCAUGCCCAGGUCCGCGGCAGGGUGCUUUUGGCAUCGAUCCAGCCCAGCGGCUGGAAAGCCUCACCAGGCACUGAGCAAGCAGCCAGAUCCAGGGCAAUGUUCAACUCCUGCCCCUCACCCUGCUGUGUGGCUGGACAUCGGCACUCAGGACACCAGCACGUCACCUCUCCCUCCUCUGUCCCCCAAACUGCAGGCGAGGAGCCGGGGACGCACAGCGAGGCCCCACGGCACGCCAGAACAUCCAUCCCCAGGGCCAUGGCAGCCCAGCCCAGUGGGGGCAAGAAGCCCUUCCACAUCAUCUCGCCUGUCUUGGAGAGCCUGCCCCUGUCCAGGGCAGCGGGCACCAAGGUCUUCAUGAAGCUGGAGAACAUCCAGCCCACAGGUUCCUUCAAGAUCCGGGGCAUUGGCCACCUCUGCCAGGAGGCUGCCAAGAAGGGCUGCCGCCACUUCGUUUGCUCCUCAGGGGGGAAUGCAGGUCUGGCGGCAGCGUACGCAGCCAAGAAGCUGGGGUUGCCAGUCACCGUUGUGGUCCCCAGCACCACUGGCCCCACCACUGUGCGCAAGCUGGAGGAGCUGGGGGCAGAGGUGGAGGUCUCCGGCCAGGUGUGGGAUGAAGCCAACAAGAGAGCCCUGGAGCUGGCUAAGACUGAGGGCUGGGUCAGCAUCCACCCCUUUGACCACCCCUUGGUGUGGCAGGGUCACGCCAGCCUGGUCCAGGAGCUGAAGGACUCACUGGACACCAAACCGGACGCCAUCCUGCUGGCGGUGGGUGGUGGGGGACUGCUGGCGGGUGUUGUGGCCGGCCUGCACCAGGUGGGCUGGCAGGACAUCCCCAUCAUCGCUGCCGAGACCUGGGGGACUCACAGCUUCCACACGGCGCUGGCGGCCGGUCGGCUCGUCUCCCUGUCUGACAUCACCAGCGUGGCCAAGUGCCUGGGAGCCAAGAUGGUGGCAGCGCGGGCGCUGGAGUGUGCCCAGGAGUGCCAGGUCAUCUCCCAGGUGGUGGAGGACACGGAGGCGGUGCGAGCCGUGGAGCAGUUCCUGGACGAUGAGAGGAUGCUGGUGCAGCCGGCAUGUGGGGCUGCCCUGGCCCUGCUCUACACAGGGCGGCUGCAGCGGCUGCAGCACGAGGGGCGGCUGCGGACCCCGCUGGCAUCCGUGGUGGUGGUGGUGUGCGGGGGCAGCAGCAUGCAGGUGGCCCAGCUGCAGGCCCUGAAGAGCCAGCUGGGGCUGGAGUGACCCCCACCCUGAGGAAGGGGAUAUGAUGGAGCCUGGCCAGCACCCUCUGCUUGCUUUCCUUCCGAAAUAACUAAAAUAAAGCCCCGCUGCCUGGUGGACACGGGGCCGGGCUCCUCCUGCA